UUUUUGAGGGUGCCUUUUCUGAGGAAUCUGCAGGCGGCCCGAGGUGGCGCAGAAUCCCCAUAGGCCCCUUCUGGAGCCUGCGCGAUACAACGCGCCCGAGGCCACUGUCCUAGGGGCAGGGGCCGCGGCGGAGCGCGAGCCCGCAGGGACGGGAUAUGGAUCUCCGGGGACGCGGGCUGGGGAGGAGAAGGUGUGAGCAGCGGGUCCCCCGCGUCCCACCGCCAGGGCGCAGGCGCAGGCGCGCGGGGUGCGGUCGCAGAGGGGCGGGCACGGCGCGGCCGGGAGCGUGGCGGCUACUGGCGCGUGAAGAUGGCGGCGGCAGCGGCGGCGGCGGCUGCAGAGCAGCAAAGUUCCAAUGGUCCUGUAAAGAAGUCCAUGCGUGAGAAGGCUGUUGAGAGAAGGAAUGUCAAUAAGGAGCACAACAGUAACUUUAAAGCUGGAUACAUUCCGAUUGAUGAAGAUCGUCUCCACAAAACAGGGUUGAGAGGAAGAAAGGGCAAUUUAGCCAUCUGUGUGAUUAUCCUCUUGUUUAUCCUGGCUGUCAUCAAUUUAAUUAUAACACUUGUUAUUUGGGCUGUGAUUCGCAUUGGACCAAAUGGCUGUGAUAGUAUGGAGUUUCAUGAAAGUGGCCUGCUUCGAUUUAAGCAAGUAUCUGACAUGGGAGUGAUCCAUCCUCUUUAUAAAAGCACAGUAGGAGGAAGGCGAAAUGAAAAUUUGGUCAUCACUGGCAACAACCAGCCUAUUGUUUUUCAGCAAGGGACAACAAAGCUCAGUGUAGAAAAUAACAAAACUUCUAUCACGAGUGACAUCGGCAUGCAGUUUUUUGACCCGAGGACUCAAAAUAUCUUAUUCAGCACAGACUAUGAAACUCAUGAGUUUCAUUUGCCAAGUGGAGUGAAAAGUUUGAAUGUUCAAAAAGCAUCUACUGAAAGGAUUACCAGCAAUGCUACCAGUGAUUUAAAUAUAAAAGUUGAUGGGCAUGCUGUUGUGCGUGGAAAUGAAGGAGUAUUCAUUAUGGGCAAAACCAUUGAAUUUCACAUGGGUGGUAAUAUGGAGUUAAAGGCGGAAAACAGUAUCAUCCUAAAUGGAUCUGUGAUGGUCAGCACCACCCGCCUACCCAGUUCCUCCAGUGGAGACCAGUUGGGUAGUGGUGACUGGGUGCGAUACAAGCUCUGCAUGUGUGCUGAUGGGACACUCUUCAAGGUGCAAGUAACCAGCCAGAACAUGGGCUGCCAAAUCUCAGACAACCCCUGUGGAAACACUCAUUAGAAGAACCCCAGAGGUCACCAACUUGUUUAUAUCUUGACUUGACUUUUUUAUGCAUGCAAAUCAUUGUUUUCACAGAGUUUGUAAUAACUCAUAAUUAUUUUAAUGGCACAGCAUUGCUGUAUCUGUUUUAUGAUCUACAUAGUUAAAAUCUUCUCAGAGAGCCUAAAUUCUAAUACAUUUUAUUAAUUUACGCUGAUCUUCAUAUUUAUUGUUCCCUAAAAUAAUUAUGAGAAGCAAAUGAAAAUUCAUGUUUAAGGAAGUGUUUUUAAAAGUCCACUAUCCCUGUUCUAAAGAUUAAAAGGCUGAAGCAGCUGUUUAGACUCACUGUAAGUAUACUUUGGUAACUCUAAUGGGGAUAGAUCCACUUAAGAUAUUUAAAUCAAUGUUUCAUGCUCUGUCUUUUGGCUUCUAAAAGGAAAGACGCCGAUUUCUAGUGCAUUAAGCCUGAGCCGUAUUCUCACAUGUAAGUGAAGUCAUUAAAGAACUUUAUAAAUGUGAGAUAGAAACAAUGGUUCCUCAGUUUUGCACUAGGAAGAAAAUAUUUUGUAAAAUAGUGUUUAUUUGAAAUAAUGAUAACUAUCAAUUGUUCACAAUGUGGUAGAAAUUAAAACACCAUCUCAGCUUUAACUUUUAAAUAAUAAUGAUAACUAUCUUUAUUGAGCAUCUUCUACAUCCUAGGCAUUGUCCUAGGCAUUGCAUGUUUAUAUCCCCAAUUCUUACCACAACCCUGCAAGUAGGUGGUAUUAUCCAAGUUUUACCCAUUACAAAACUGAAACUCAGAGAAGUUAAGAAACUUGCCCAACAUCACAUAGCAGAGGUGGGAUUGGAAUUCAGGCGUGAUUCAAACCUGGAUGUACUUGAUUCCAAAUGCCAUGUCGUUUUCACUGUCUGCACUGACUUUUUAAUUAUUUAAAACUCUAGAAAGAUGAACAAAGGUUAAUUUAAACUUACAUAAGAAGAUGAGAGUCAAACAAAACAGGUAUGCUUACUCUACUUAAAAAGAAAAUAAACCUCAUGUCAGACCCAGAAAGGACCAAUCACUGUCCGAUUUUAAACUACGUUGGACCAAUUCCAAAAUAUUAUACGAUGCAGAGGUCAAAUUUACCUACUUGUGAAUUACCUCAGUUUCCCAACAAUGGACCUUGGCACACUGGAGUUACAAUACGUAACCGAGUUGCCAAGAUGUUUAUACCCUCAGCACUCGGGGCAACACAGUGGAAAGUGGGGAGGCCAUAGACCCAAACAAGUUAUUUGGGCCAGGCAUGGCCUGGUAAGUACACCAUGCCUUGAAAAUAAGUCCAGAAGCACUGGACUAAAGAGUGCUAAUGCAGGAAAUAAUACACAUAAUUUUUAGAUAAGGAUAAUAAUUUAUCUCUACUCCUAAUAUUACUAUCUCAUUGUAAUUAUUUAUAACCCGCAAGCUAGUUGAUUUUUAAUAUGUUUGAUUAGAAAAGAACUCUCUGGUAUUAUUAAGACUCCCACAGGAUCAGAGACAGGGCCCCCAAAGGAGUUUGCUGUAAAAUAGGCAGUAGAGAUGUGGCAUGGGUGCAACCCUGCAGUCAAGUGUAACAGCAUUCUAUCAGGGUCACUUUGAAUUGUGUACAUAAGAAAACCAAUACAAAAAACAAUUUGUAUUCAAUAUUGUCACAUUUCUCUCUGGUAGAAAAAUCAAAUACCUUAGUGAUUAUGAAGUCAUUAAAUUAUACUGAAAUUGGAUUGACUUACUACCUAACAUUGAGUGCAGUUUUUAAAUGAAAAGAAUGAGAUUUAUAACCUCUUGAGUGUUGUUGUUGUGAUAUUUGGACUCAUUUGAAUAUGUUCAAUAUCAUUUAAUAUCUGAAUUAUAUUAAGAAAAAAAUUGCUGAAAUUUUCAUUCAGAUAGUCUAUAAAUUGCAUAUUCAUUACUUGUCUGCUCUAUUUAGAUUUCUUUUAAAAGUUUAAGUAAAUAUUUUUAUAAAAACCAGAAAACACUAUAUUACAAAAUAUUAUUAAAUGUAAUUCAUGAAAUAAUCUAUUUUUACUCUUUUUUGGGAAAUACUUGUGUUUUUGAUGCAUCUCCAUGUAUCAAAAUAGCUUUUGACAUGAGAGGCUAUUUUGAUGUUUUUAUGCAAAUGAUGGUUAACAGGCAUAGAGUUUUAGGAUACUUUACAGUAGUCCUGGCUGUUUCUCUGAAAUGUAGACUUGGAAAAUCUAUUAGAAAGCAGAACAGGGGCAAACUCUCAAUUUUACUUUUGGCUUUUAAAUUUUUUAUUUAUUUAUUUAUUUUUUUGAGACAGAGUCUCGUUCUGUUGCCAGGCUGGAGUGCUACGAUCUCGGCUCCCUGCAGCCUCUGCCUCCCGGGUUCAAGCGAUUCUCCUGCUUCAGCCUCCCGAGUACUUGGGACUACAGGCAGGUGCCACAACGCCUGGCUAAUUUUUGUAUUUUUAGUAGAGAUGGGGUUUCACCAUGUUGGCCAGAAUGGUCUCGAUCUCUUGACCUCUUGAUCCACCCACCUUGGCCUCCCAAAGUGCUGGGAUUACAGGUAUGAGCCACCGUGCCUGGCCGGCUUAUUUUUAUUCACAGUAAAUCUUCAACAACUCAUUCUGUCCACCAGAUGGUAUUUUUCCGUAAACUGAAAUGCUGACUUUGCCUCUUCCAGCUGUACACUUAUCCCUGCACUGAGCACAGAUAUGACAAGCAGUAGCCAUGGGGGAGGUGGGUGACAAAGAUAGGACCCCGGGAGGGGGCGCAGGUACAUGCUAGUUUCAAUUACCACAGUAUUCUAGAGGCGGGCUGCAAUGACAAGGAGGGCAAAUGAAAUCAGUGCAAGAUUUCUUAGAGAAUAAUGGGCAGACGGAAAAAUGUAAAAACAACACAAAACAGGGUCUGCUGAUAAUGUUUUAAAAUAUACAUUUGUCUUCUUUUUGCAUUGUGAAAAAAUAAAUUUUGUGUGAUAGUUUUGAUGAUGAAAGGUAGAAGUUCUACCUAUAUUUGAAUGAGUGUUUUUUUAAGGUAAUGAGAAUGUCAUGGAGCUAAACUUGACAAAGCAGAGAUCAUUGAAAUGCUGAAAAUGUUAGCAGUCUUCUUAAAAGUAUUGAGGGGGCAAAAAUUACCAAUUAUGCCAUACAAAAAUAAGCCUAUAAAUGUGUUUCACAUUGCUAACUUGUGUUUCAGUUGAUUCAGUUUGUAAUAACUAGUUAUGAACUUGUUUACAAUAAAAAUUCUGUAAAUUG